AUGGCAAACGCAGCGGAUAGUCAGCCUUUCUUCGAGCAACAUGCUCGCAAGGUCGGGAUGGAGCAGCAACUCUUGAAAAGAUUCAUAACCGGAGGGGUCAGGACGGUGUCCAUGGCAGCCUACGCCGCCACUCAACCGGGUCAACCUCUCACAGACAAGGAGGACAACCCCACUCGUGCGCAAUUGACGGUCGUCAAGAGGCUCCUGUUCGAGUGCCGGACCAUGAGUCUGGCAAAUUUGGAGGCCACCGUGGGACAGCAGCCGGACUCAGAAUUGGCGCAAGGCAAGCCAGCCAAGGAACUUGUGCUGGACGCUUCGGGGGACGGCCUCUCGGUUCAGGAUAAAUCCCCUAAAGUGGCGGCCCAGUUGGGGUCAGACAUGGCGACUUACAGAGCGUUGCCAAGACGGGGUCUGGCCUACGACCUCGUUGGCGUGUUGAAUCCCAAGGCGCACGAGAAACGGCUUCAGAAGGACUUUGAUACCUUGCAGACCCCAGCGCCCCCAGGCUUCAACCGUCCGACGCUGCAGCAGGUCCUGCGAGCAGAUCGGGCCUUGUGGAGGGAGCUUGGCAGCAAACAGCCGACCCUGAAAAGGGCAGCGGCGAAGGUGCCGCUCGCGGACGCCCGGUGCUUAGAUCAAGUCUUCCUGGAAGCCACAAACACGGUUGCAGUCAAUUUUCACUUCAUGCCGACACCUCGUGCGGAAGGGUUCACAGAUAAAGGAGGCAAAGGAGGCAAGGGGGAGACCCCCAUGCCGGCCGCCUUGCGAGGUGGCGUGCCGAACGACGAGCACGGAGAUCCUCUUUGUUUUGGCUUCAACCUAGGCAGCCUGAAAGAACGCCCCGUUGCAAGGGACGUUGACAGCGCCUCCGCGCUGGACCAGGCGUCCCGCGCUGCUCUGACCGCGCGAGUCACCCUGGCGCGAACAGGUCUGGACAGGCGGUCGGUCGGAGUGGACAAAGUCCGCAGGCCAAGCCUCAAGGGCAAGAUAUUACAGCUGGUCUUGCUCCUGCUGUCGCACAGAGGUCUGCUGUGGAAAUGGCUGGGUUCCCCAGGACUGGCCGCCGUAUGGCUGGCGCCGCCCUGCGGCACAUCCAGCAGGGCCAAGGAAAUCUAG